CGUUUGGACGUUUGUUUGCGGUUUGUUCUCUAACAUGACAACGAUCAUCCCAAGGCCUAAACAUUUUUAACAAGUUAUGGUUUUGAACUGUGACAUCUGAAGCACCAUGCGGUUCACGUUCGUUUCUAGCCUAAUGAGUCUUUUCCUUUAUAAUUGAGGAUUUUGUGUCAGACCUGUGGGGCCAUUGUCCUUGUAUGUUUCUGUCCAAAUGUUUAAAUGCCGACUCAUAAGCACCGAUGCAGCUUCUUUUGUUUUUUUUGUCGAUCAAUGAUGCAGCAUGUGGUUGUUGUACCUAUAUGGAUUAUACGUGGAUUUGUUGCUUUCCGAGUCCCGAGCUUAUGUAAGAUAAGGUUUCCACAGCAAAGAUAAAAGCAAGAGAACAAGAAGCCCCCUUUGGCUAUUGUAGCAGUUGCUAGGUGCUAAGGUGUUUGAUAGGGAAAUUUUCAGGUUGAAGUGAGAAAGAAGACGGGAAACCACGAGAAGAGGGAAGCAAUGGAUCUUAGCUCAAGUUGCAAGAACAAAAUGGUUGCAAAUCAGUCCAUGCUGCUAUGCUGCAAGAUCUUUUUCUCUGAAUCACGUAGCCGUCCAGCCCUUGACGCCAUAGAAAGAGCUGCAAAGCUAGACCCAGAAACUGUCAUCGUGAACAAAUUUGAGGAUCGAGCAUACAACAGGACACGCUACACUCUUGUUUCAUAUGUUGUUCAUGACAGCACGGGCAAUGCUAUUUAUAGCCCCUUGCAACAAACUGUCCUGGCCAUGGUUGAGGCUGGUUAUGGAGCCAUAAACCUUGAGUUGCAUUCUGGUGCACACCCUCGGCUCGGCGUGGUUGAUGACAUUGUUUUGCAUCCCUUGCCUCGGUCAUCGUUGGAUGAAGCAGCUUGGCUUGCUAAGGCUGUCGCAGCAGACAUUGGCAACAGAUUUCAAGUGCCAGUGUUUCUGUAUGGUGCAGCACACCCAACAGGCAAGGCCCUGGACACCAUUAGGCGGGAGCUUGGUUACUACAGACCCAAUUUCAUGGGCAACCAAUGGACCGGCUGGUCCAUGCCUGAAAUUCUCUCUGAAAAGCCCGAUGAAGGCCCAACCAGGGUAUCUCGAGCUAGAGGCGUCACCAUGAUCGGGGCAUGCCCAUGGGUUGGACUGUACAACGUACCCAUCAAUUCAACAGAUGUCUCUGUCGUUCGCCGUAUUGCAAGAAUGGUGAGUGCUCGAGGCGGUGGUCUACCAACGGUCCAAUCUUUGGCUCUGGUACAUGGUGAGGGCUCAACUGAGAUAGCUUGCAUUCUUCUGGAGCCAAACCGGGUUGGAGCGGACAAGGUCCAGUCCCGGGUAGAGAUGCUUGCUGCCCAAGAAGGGUUGAAUGUGGAAAAGGGCUAUUUCACUGAUUCUUCACCUGAAAUGAUUCUUGAUGACUAUCUAAACUUAAUAUCAGCUAACAGAGCUUAAUUAUAAAAUGGUUAUGAUGCAAUUGCUACAUUUGACCCUCCAAAUAAAUGUUGUAAGGAUGUAAGACUUUGAUCAUUAGUUGCAUAACUCUUAACCAGGUGCAAUUUGUAAUUAAGCCAUUCUCUGCUGAGAUUUUGCACUGUUUUUAGACCACGAUCCCAAAAGCUGCGGUUGAAGAUAUUCUGUUCAUUGGCAUCAUAACGGUAUAUUUACACCAAUUACAUUUGUGAAAUAUGUUGCAAAGUG